CUUGCCUUGAAAUUCUUAACAAUGAAUCUACCAUGCUGUCAGCUUCCUCGAUCUCUAAGGGGUAUAGUUUAUGAAGUGCCACAUUCAGUCUGUGAGUUUGCAGCAGUUCCACUGGAAAAUAUGAAAACUUUGGAAAGUUUUGAAGUGCAAUCCAGCAAACCGGUAAAACUUCCGGAAGGGUUCAAGCUUCCUGCAUCUGUAGAACGGUUGACGUUAACCAGGUGCAGAAAAUUACCAGAAACAUUCAGCCACUUAACUAAUGCUGAGUUUCUUGAUUUGAGUAAUUGUCAUUUUGAAUCUUUGCCUCAAGGAUUCGGACGACUUGCCAGCUUGAAAUAUUUGUAUAUGAAGUACUGCCCCAGUCUGAAAUAUCUCUCUGAAGGAUUUGGCUCAUUAUGUUCAUUGACUGAGUUGAGUGUAGAGGGAUGCACCCGUUUAGAAAAUUUAUCCGCUCACUUUGGAAGGUUGACUGCACUGCAAAAGCUUUGGAUGGGAGAAUGCGAGAGUUUGAGGACACUGCCUGAAGACUUUGGCGGCUUAUCUUCUCUUCAAUAUUUGGAUAUAAGGGGAUGCAUCGGCCUGGAGCGAUUGCCAGAAAGUUUUUCGAGGCUUUCCAUAAAUUCCUUAGAUCUGGAAUCGUUGCCUAGUUUAGAUGAACUUCCGCAAAGUAUUGGAAACAUGCCAUCUCUGACUCGCCUCAUGAUAAAAUCUUGCAAUUCAUUAACUACUCUUCCCAAUAGCCUUGUGCAAUUGAAAAUGUUGAAGAAUUUGACAAUAGAUAGCUGUAAUAAGCUUGCUGCUCUCCCGAAGGACUUCGGCCACCUAACUUCCUUAACACACAUGACCGUGGAUAAUUGCCCUGCUCUAAAGGAGUUGCCUGAUGGGUUUCAUGCACUUCCUGUGUUGAAAAUACUAGAGCUGAAAAGAUGCAAAGAUUUAGUCAGUCUUUCGCCAGACCUAGGCCAGCUCAACUGUUUGGAAGAGUUGUACAUUCUCAGGUUGCCCUUGUCGAGUCUUCCGAAAGGAUUCAGCAAUUUGAAAAGCUUAAGGAAAUUGGCGAUAGUUACUGGAUUCAAAUUGGAAACGUUGCCGGAUGAUAUAGAAAAUUUGGUCUCCUUAAGGAGACUGACUCUGUGCUUAUGUCCAAUAUUGGAUGGGAUAACUAUGGAGAGAAUAGUGAAAUUGCAGAAUUGUUAUUAUGUAGAUAUAGGAUCAAGUCCUAAAUUGAUUCAAAGGUGGGAAGAGAUGCAGAACAAGGAAGAAUAUCCUAUUGUUGUGUGGACUAAGUCCUUAAAGCGUGAAGUUGAUUUGGAUUGGCAAAGGGCUACAAGAGUAGCUUUGUUCAGUCUGAAUUGCAAAGAGUUGAAUGGCACCGGUGAUGAACUGAUAGAUCGCUCUUCAAUUGUCAUUAACGUGGACACAACUGUUGCAGUCAUUUCACUCCCUUUUCAUUUGCAAUCCCAUCAUGAAGUCCCUUUGAAAAACAUGUGCGAGUUGGCGAGGAGAAGAUCAACGACAGCUUGUUCUGGGCAGCUUCAGGUUAUUAUUUGUCUCAAAGGAUUUGAACUGGAAGGACAGAGAGUAAGUGCAGAGAAAGAGGAAGAGAGCAUUGAAAAAGCUCUUAAGUGGCUGCCAGAAGGAUCAUGUGCCAUUCCUGUCUCCGACAUCAGACGCCGUUUCUUAGUUAAGGAUGUCUUCUUUGAGUAUUAUUCGGAAGAAAGCGGACCUGCAUGUUUCAUAGCGGAUGUCCGGGUGCAGAGUAACGGCCAGACAGUUUUUGUGGAUGGCGAAAGAAUGGGGCAAGAUGAUGCUUCAGAAAAGUUGAAGCAAAAUUUUCACAAGUCCAAAAGUGAGGAGGAAGAAAACGAGUCUCCCGACGAGCUACAAGAGUGUCUGAAACUUCUUUGCAACAACGAAGAGGGCGAAAGUGAGAGGUCCAUCCAAUCACCACAAUUGGCAGAAAUAAAUAUGUUAAAAAUGUUUGCGCAAGCAUUGAAGAAAAAGGGCAUACAUCACUUUCUUGACCGCAAUAUGGAGGAGUACGUUCAUAUAAAUCAAUUAGAAGGAAAAGAUGUAUGUUUCAUUAUAUGUGAUUUAAGUACUGUAGAACAUACAAAAAUACAACAAUUCUGCAAAGAUCUUCAAAGUUUCAAUUGUGAAGGAGUUUUGAUUGUUCUAUCAAGCAAUGAAAAACAUGGAAUUGGUACUUAUAUGAGGACAUGUGGAUACAUGUCUUUGGCAGCUCUUCUCAAUCCUGUGAUAACUCAAGGCAUCAAAGAAGCUAACGCAAAUUUCAUUCUUCUCAAUAGGGAAGGAAAGAUAAUUAGUAGAGCUCCACUAUCACUUGUGAUGUCAUGGGACAUUAAAGCAUAUCCAUUUGGAAAAUCUGAAGUAGGAAAAAUAAUCUCCAAGCUGCAUGAUAAAUCAACUCUAGAAUUUCUUCUAGAAGAUAUGGAUAUUCUAGAUCAUGAAGGGAGUAAAGUGGAAAAGCAAUUUAUUAAUAACAAACUUAUCUUUUUAUAUGUUGAACCUCCAACUCAUGAGUUCAAAAUGAAGAAUGGAAGCAAGAACCCACAGACAGGAAGUGAUGAGAAGGGAAAGCAGAAGAUUGAUGACAUUCAGAAGGAGCAUGAGGAUAAGUGGGUUAUGAAGUCUGAGGCUCAACUGACAUAA